AUGGCGACCCUCAAACCACCAACAAAUACCCACCGAUCCUCCUCCUCCAGCUCCGGACCACCAAAAGCACCGCUAAAAGCCGACCCAACAGCCACAAUCGCCGACAACGUCGUCUUCCAGGGAAUAUACCCAGUGACCAUCGGCGCCAACACAGUCAUCCACCCCCGCGCAAAAUUCUACGCCUUCGAAGGCCCCAUAGUAAUCGGCGAUGGCUGCAUAAUCAGUGAAAAAGCCACGAUAGGAGCCCCGCCAACUUCAUCAAGCCGAUCUACCUCACCAUCACCAUCUCAAAGUCCAACCGAAUCAACCCCCACCCCCAAGAAAGAAUUCAUGAUCCGCAUCUCAUACUUUGUGACAAUUGGCCCAUCCUCUACCAUCGAACCAGGAGUGCAUAUCCACUCAUCCGCAACAAUCGAAGCAUUGGCGAUUAUCCGUCGCGGAGCGGACAUCGGGUCCCAUGCGAAAGUAUGCUCUGCGUGUGAAGUUGCCGGCGGAUCAGUUGGCGAAUGGGUUGUUGUUUAUGGAUCCGGGCCUGGGAUGAGGAGGAAGAGAGCGCGAGCUGCGAAGCCGAUUAGUCCGGCAGUGGUUGGGGCUGCGCUGACUGCGCAGACUGCUUUACCGGCUUCUGCGCCUGCUGGGAAGGUCAUUGAGGAUGCGCGGUUGAUGGUUUUGCAGAAGGAGAGGGAAGUUCUUGGGAGGAUGCUUGUUCCUGCUGUUAGGAAGAAGUAA